CCUAACCUUAAAUUUAGAACUCAUCGUCGAAUGUUUUGUUUAUAAAACCGGUUAAUUCGUUAUGUGCCAGUCCUUUGUUUGUCGAUUAUUGUAGUUUACUUGUAUAAAAUAUGUAGUUGUCAAAAUGUAAAUUUAAAACAAAAUCGUUUUCGUGAGUUUUCUUUUUGUUUUGUGUGCAAAUUGUAUUAUAGAAAAUAAAGCAAAAGUAUGGAGGAGGCAAGUGUCAGUGAUCAAAAUACUCCAACGACAAUGUCGACGCAAUUAGAUUCAGAAGAAGCUGAAAGAUGCAUUAAGAAUUCGGAAGGAAUGUGGAAUGUCACUUACGAACCAGUAAUCAAUGUUUUCUGUCAAGAUAAAAGUAUUAUAACAAACGAACAAAUUCACAAUCUUUUGCAAGCUUUUUUGAGAUCUGAUUUAAAUAAUAUAUUGGUUCCUGCCUCUGGUAAUAGUGUAAUGUUCGAGGAGCAUUUAAAACGUCAUUCAGCUUUUUUAACAUGGCUAUUUGGUGUAUUGUUUACAUUAACUGGUACUUCCGAAGACGAGUUGGUACUUGAGUACAGUAUUGAUAUACAAGCUAAAAUGUUAAAAUUACUCAUGACAUAUGACUUAAAAAUAUAUUCGAUUAUUAUGGCCGAGUAUAUUAUAAUUAUUGAAGAAUUAGUGAGAUUUCGAAAGCUCUUCGCGGACAGAAGAAAACCUGAAUUAAACAAAUUUAGAAGUGAUAUAAAUGUAAUUGGUAGAAUGGAACUUAAAAAUUUACCUACAAAAAUCAGGUGUCUUGAUUCAACUCUAGAAUCCAUUUUGAAGAUUAUGCUUAAAACGAGAGUAUAUAAAUGGAGUUGUGAAUUUCCACUAUGGAAUAAUAUUAUCGAUGUCCUUUCCGUUUCGUCACAGAAAACUAAAAUUAUUUCCUUUGAUGUAAUAUUUGAACUACUCGACUUUGAUCUAAAGAGCGAUUCAGAAUUGGACAGAAUGUUUAAGGCCGUGACUGAAAUGACUAAUUUAAUAUCAGUUUGGAAUCAAGAGGGAACACUUUCAAAGGAUCUUUUAAAAAUAUGCCCGAUAAUUUUUCCGAAAUUACUUAAAAUUGCCCGCUUAUCGAAACCAAGUGUUCAAAUAACGAGUUUAUGUUUAGCACUUGUCAAUUUAAUAUCUCAGAAAAUUAUUGGAGACGAAUUAAAGCAAGAAAUCUACGAUAUUAUUUACGACUUUCAAAGGCAUAAUUACAUAUUUCCGAUGCUAACUGAUUAUCAAUGUAUCAUUUUAUCGGAAAAUUUACCGGAUUUCAAUUCAAUUCUAAUGAAUGAUGUAUUAACGGACGUUAAGAAUAAUGCAACAACUGGAGAAAUUGUAAAAGUAUCAAAAAUCAGUAAAUUAUGGAUGAAUUUACGUUCAACAUUUAUGAAGAAUCUUGAGAAGAAAAAUUUUUCCUACAUUCAUGGAUUUCUUGUGUCAACAAAUUUAUUAUAUCAUUGGUUCAUUGAGAAUAAAAUUGAAGGACAAUUAUUCGAGGACGAUAUGAAUAUUAUUUAUAAAUUUUUAAUAAACAAUUUAGAUGAUAAUGAUUCAACGAUAAAUUCUAUGGUUUUUCAAUGUUUCAUUUGUCUUAUGAAUCAUUCUGAAGUGGAUAAGGAGAAAAUUUUGAAUUUCUUAUCAACACCAUGGAGUAUUAAAGAUGAAAACGCAAUGGAUGUUGAUUGCAAUGAUUAUCAUAAUAGGACAAUUAGUUUUGAGACAAAACUUAAAUGUUUAGAAGUUAUUUGUCGAUAUGAAUCGGGAAAAAAUGGUUUGAGAAUAUUAAAGGAUUGUAUUUCAAAGUCUGAUAUUCAAUUCUCGAUUGCUGCCAUUCCGAAUUGUUUACUAUUGUCAAAAAAUAAGAACGUCAGGGUGGAGGAUAUUUUAAAACUAAUGUUCUCGACGAUUUCUUGCAAUUCUCCGGAACUUCACGAGAUUGUUGCGAAAACACUAGGCGAAUUAAUUUGCCUUUUAUCGAAACAUGCAAUGCUAAUCAGAGAAUCGUGGAAUAAAUCGAAUCUAAUUGUAAAAUGUGAUGUUUGCGAUAAACCGGAACAAGGGAAUGAUUCGAGAAUUUAUAAUUUAUCAUCGAAAUGUGAAACAAUAAUAACGUCAUUUUUUAAUAUUUUAAUGCCAUCGAUUCAUGAGAAAAUACGUCUUCAAAUGUCGAAUAAUUUUUUGCGCUUCUCCAAUCACAUUAAAGAAUUUAAUACGAAUAAGACGGCAAAUCUUUGGUUAUCUUAUAUCAAUGACAAAAAUCCCAAUGUACGACAAAAUAUUGGUACAGUGAUUGGUUAUUUGUUGCAAAAUAAUAUUGCACAAUUGCAACAAACACAUGUUCUGUCGGACGACGAUGUGCCAAUUGAAUUAGAGAAAUUUGUCGAUUCGGUUAUAAAUAUUUUACAUAUUUCGCUAAUAGAGGCUAUCGAGAAAAAAGAUUCAUUGUUGUUGAAUGAUUUACUUAAAACAGCAACGAACUUUGCAUGUGUUGAGCUUUAUCUAACGGAAAAGCGAAUUUUGAGUCUUAUUGUUUACAUAAUAUUGCAUCCGAAUACAAAUACAAAAGAAAUCGCAUUGGCAAAUGCAGCUUUUGAAAAAAUUGCCGAAUUUUAUCAUCUUCUUCCAAUGAAAAUGUAUGUUCGAUAUCGAAAACAUUUUUUAAACAUAAUUGUACAGUUGUCAGUGAGAAAUUUUCUGAAUUAUAAUUUCGAUUUUAUUACAUCUCUGUAUAGAAUUUCUCAGGCAAUUGGAUAUGAAGGACCAACACAGUUAUUGAACAAGGAGCAACAUUUUAUUGUUGCUUUUUUAAUUCCUCAUAUCGUCGAAAUUCCGAAGACAAUUACGUUACUUGAAAAUAUUGCUGAGAAGAAUUUUUUUGAAAAGGAAGUAUUAUUAAAAAAUUACUUUCCUUACAUCUGUAUUCAUUUGUUACUCGACGUAGAACAAGAAAUUGGAGUGAAAUGUUUGAAUUUCGUUUUAAAAACAACGAACUUAAGAAUACAGUCAUUAAUGAACAGGUUUAAUUUUAUGGCAAUUUUUGAUCAAUUAUUUUUGCGAUUCAACGAAAAAGAGGAUGUAAUCGAGUGUCUCAAAUUGAUAUUCAAAUUGAAGGGAGAAUCAGUGAGAUUCGAUACAAAGAAGGAAAUUACUGAAUAUUUAAAGCCGUAUUUGCAUGGAGUUUUAGUAACGGCGGAAAUAAAUUUAAGACAAAUUGUCGACGAGGAAAGUCAAAAAUGUGCAAUCGCCUCUCUAGUGGCAUUAAUUCAUUUUAUGGGACCACAAUAUAUUACUCCAUUAAGAUAUAAAUUUUUGUCGACACUUCGAAUGCUUCUUAAAUUUAGCAGACCUGGAUUUAGAAAAGUCACAUUUGAAGCGUGGGAUGCAUUUAUUCGCAACACUUUGAUUCAUGAUUUAGGCACUUUAUUGCCAGCAAUAUUUUCCUCGGUUGUGCCUUUAUUGGAAACGUAUCCUAAGGAAACGAAUGAAAUGCUCGAGUAUUUAGUUAUAAAAAAUGAGGGAGCUCUAUCGCCGUAUAUUCCGGAAUUAUUUUUCAUUGAGGAUAUAAAUGUCUCUAGAAAUAUUUCAAACGUUGUGACGACUUGCAUCAAGCGAAGAAGAUCUGAAUGUAUCAAAGAAAAUCUCGGAUUGUGGAUUAAAAGAAUAGGUCACGAAAUUGAUAGCGUCAGAUUACGAGCUUUAGUUCAUUUAAAACCAUUUUUGGCUGAAAAUCGAAGAAAAAUUAAUGGAUUGAUUCUUGCAAAUGCAAACGUUCAUCCUUUGAUUCUUGAGUUAUUGGAUAUGCUUCUUGCUGGAUGUCGAGAUAAAGACGAGGCAAUUCAAUUAGCUUAUGGAGAAUGUCUUGGAGAACUUGGAGCUAUUGAUCCUAGUCUUCUACCAAAAAGAAUCGUAUCCAGAGAGGACAGUAACUUCAUAACAGAUGUGAACGAAGAAUUUGCGUGCGCCGCACUUGUUGAAUUUGCAAAAGGCUUUCAAAUGCAAACAAAUUCACAUGACGCCGAUUGUUUUUGCCUUGCAAUUCAAGAAAUAUUAAAAGUCUACAAAAUUUCGCCAAGCAGUUCAAAAAGUAUAUUUUGGGAAAGUAUGCCUUAUACUGUUCGUGAAAUGAUAUAUCCAUUUUUGACAUCUCACUAUAUAAUGGAUUUUUUUGAAAAUCACAUCGAUUAUCCACUUCCAAUUUACGGAACUGAUAUGAGUAUUACCUUUGAAAAAUGGGCGUUCAAUUGGAUGAUGAGCAUGUUUGCAAAGCUUCCUGACUCGAAACUAAAAAGUAUUUUAAAAACUUCGUCACCGGCAUUAAAACGAGAUGUGAGAAUCGUCGAAUUUUUCAUUCCACACAUAGCAACGUUUAUUAUUCGAAAUGGGAAUGAAAAUGAGUGGAAAGAAAUUGCACAAGAAAUGUUGGCUGUUAUAACUGAAAAUGCAAAAUCAGUGGAUACACUCUUGAAUACUCGUCCUUUAUACAAUGGCACAACGGAAUCAAAAAAUACAAGAGUUUCGGAUGAAGCAAAACACGUCAGAUGUUCCCAGGUAGUUUUUUCGACCCUUGAUUAUUUGCAAAGGUGGUUAAGAGAAAUGAGAGUUGAUUUAAAUGAUAAUUACAAAUCAAUUAAAGAAUUUUGCGACAUGUUCGAUGGCUUUGUUUUGGCUGAAGGUUCUUAUAAAACAUACGAAUUUCAUCGUGCUUUGUUAUAUUUGGAACAACAUAUGGCUAUUAGUAAAAAAGGUCUCACUGAUUUCAAAGAACGCGAUUUAUUUGUUAAAAUUUAUCUACAACUCGACGAACCAGAUGGUGUUUCUGGAAUUUUAGCUUCUCAAAAUGAAAUUCCCUCUGUCGAACAAUUAGUCUUGGCACACAACAUCAGUGGUCAAUUUCAGGAUGCUGCAAUUUGCUAUGAAAAAAUGGCUCAAAGAAAAAAUAAAGAGCCAAGAUAUUUGAAAGGAAUGAUCCAAUGUUACCUGAGUCUCGAUCAGCCAUUAACUGCAAUGUGUAUCACGAAAGGAUUUCUCGAAGAUAGACCUGAAUUAGAACCAAUAAUGUCAGAUUAUGAAUGUUUUUGGCGACUCGCACAAUUUGGUAAUGUCGAGGGUAAGGAGAAUGUGAAGCAUAAUUAUCUGGAGGAUUUGAAGAAUUCUGUGAAACCCGAUUUAACGAUUGUUAAGAAAAAAAUACUCUCGUUACUCGCUGCAUCUUCGCAUCCUGGCGCUUAUGAACACAGCUAUUCGUCAAUAAUGAAACUGCAUAUAAUAAACGAAUUUGAGAAGGCGAUUGAAAAAAUAUUGGUAAAUGUUGACACAGUUCCGAAUAUUUUUGAGGAAUGGGAAAAAAGAUUUCAACUAGUAAAAGCCUCGAGUGGAGUUGAAUUUGUUUUGAGUAUGCGAAGAGCAACAUUGGAUUUGGCAUAUUUGUAUCAACGAGAAACAACGAAUGUGGAAAAUACAACUUUAAAGGAGGAAAUUGGAAAAAUUUGGAUUAAGAGUGCAAAAAUUGCUAGAAAAGCCGGAUUGUAUCAACAAGCGUACAUGUAUAUUUUGUCGGCUGGGGAAAUAUGUAAACCACAGGAAAUUUGCACCGAAAUGGCUCAACUCUAUUGGCAAAAAGGAAGUCAAGAAUACGCGUUUGCAACAUUGAAACGUUGUUUGGACAGUUAUUUUCCACCUGCCGAGGUUUUUAAAAGUGCUCCCGUCAAUGAGAACUUAAGCGAAAAAAAACAAUAUGCAAAGGCGAAGCUUUUAUUUGCGAAAUAUAAUUACGAAACACAAAAUGUACAAACAAGGACGAAUAUAGGAAAUUUUAAGGAGGCAAUUGAAGUUUGGCGAGGUUGGGAAAACAGUUACAUUGCAUGCGCUCAGUAUUAUGAAUCGCUCGUUAAUAAAAUGUCAGAGGAUGCGAAGGAUGUCGAUGGACGUGACAUACAGAUUCAAUCAUUAUUAUUUUAUGCAAAAUCAUUGAAAUUUGGUUGUAAGCAUAUACAUCAGUCGAUGCCAAGAAUGUUGACAAUUUGGUUGGAAUUUGCAUCAAGAACACAGAAACGAAUAAAAAAUAAAACUGCCUCGGAAUAUCAAAAGGAAGGUUUAAAACGACUUACGUCAAUUUUGGAAUCGUAUUUGGACUAUCUUCCAACUUUCACAUGGUUAACAGCAUUUAGUCAGCUUGUUUCUAGAAUAUAUCAUCCUUCUUUAGAUGUUCAAAGAACAUUAAAGAUGAUUAUCGUGAAAUUGAUUCUUGCACAUCCACAACAUUGUCUCUGGAUGAUAGCCUCAAUUUCUCAGUCGGAAAAUAAGCAACGUAAAACGCAAUGCAGUGACAUAUUGAAUCAUGAGAAGAUUUGCAAUUCCGAAGUGAUGAAAAUAGUUAAAGAUUUUCGUAGACUGUGGACAUUUAUAAUUGAACUCUCCGAUAAACCAGUUCCUGAGAACCAAAGUAAGACGACCGUUAGUGCUUUAUCGAGUAACUUGCCAGCGCUUUUUAAAUCUACUGGAUUCAGUAGAAUAAUGAUGCCAACGUCCGAAUUUCGAAAAUUACAUCUUCCUUUAAAGGGAGAAUCAUUCAAGGAUCACGAACCAUUCUUAAAGAAUUGGGUGAGCAUUGAUGGAAUUAAUGAAUCGAUAAAUGUAAUGCAAUCACUUGUGAGACCAAAGCAAAUUUCGCUGAGAGGCUCAGAUGGAAAGAAUUAUCUUUUCAUGUGUAAACCAAAAGAUGAUCUUAGAAAAGAUUUCCGUUUAAUGGAAUUCAAUGACAUUGUAAAUAAAUAUCUUCAAAAAGAUCCAAUGUGCAGGCAAAGAAGACUUUACAUCAGAACUUACAGUGUCGCACCACUAAACGAACAAUGUGGAUUAAUAGAAUGGAUUCCAAAUUUAGUGGGUCUUAGGAAAAUUAUUAUUGAUUUAUACAAGCGAAAAGGAAUUUACGUCAGUAAUCAAAAAUUGAGAACUUUACUAUGUGGUAACAAAGCAAGUCUUCUAGAAAAAAGGAAAUGUUUCACGGAAAAAUUAAUUCCUCAUCAUCCUCCAGUUUUGAGUGAAUGGUUCAGACUCACAUUUCCAGAUCCCUACGGAUGGUAUGAAGCUCGCACUGCGUAUAUUAGAACAACGGCAGUUAUGUCAAUGGUGGGAUACAUUUUGGGACUUGGAGAUCGUCACGGUGAAAAUAUUUCGUUCGAUUCAAAAUGUGGAGAUUGUGUUCACGUCGAUUUCAACUGUCUCUUCAAUUAUGGUGAAAGAUUCGAAAUUCCAGAAAGAGUUCCAUUUCGUUUAACUCACAAUAUGACGGACGCAAUGGGUGCUUUGAAGUACGAGGGACCAUUCAGACGUUCCUGUGAAAUAACAAUGAGAGUAUUACGUGAACAAAGAACAACGCUUCAGAGUGUAUUAACACCAUUCGUCUACGAUCCCCUUGUGAAUGAAUCGUCGAGAGAGCGUAAGGAGCGUAAAGCAGCGGCACUUAAAGUCGAAGAUGAGGAAACUAAUUAUUUAGUAUUGCGAAUUAAUGACAUUCUACAUCGUCUUAAUGGACAAGUGAGAUCAGUGGAGAGAAGUGAAAACGAUUACGAACGACAGAACGAGAAUAAUGUUUACCUCAGUGUUGAGGGACAAGUAAAUCUCCUCAUUCUUCAAGCCACAAGUAUCGACAAUCUAUGCCAAAUGUAUCAAGGCUGGGGAGCAUUCAUGUAAAUUGAGAAUUCUUCUUUUUUACCUUCAUUUAUAUUUAUUAUUUAGGUACGUUAUUUUUUUUUAUAAUUUCCUAUAAAUAGUGUCGUUAAAAAAAAUGAAAAAAAAAAUGUUGUAAAAAUGGAAAAUUACA